AUGUCCAGCGGAGAAAAUUACACAGCAGAGAUUAUAGAACUUCGCAAUGAGAUCUAUCAGAUGCAGGCGGACUUUGCCGCAAAUGACAAUGCUUUCUUCCUUUGCUCAAUGGCAGUGAUCAUUUUUUUAAUGCAGUGCGGAUUCGCAUUUCUUGAGGCGGGAGCAGUUCGCAGCAAGAACACUACAAAUAUUCUCAUUAAGAAUUUACUGGACUCAUGUAUUGCCAUCAUUGGAUAUUGGUCUCUCGGCUGGGCGUUCGCAUACGGUGACUCAUCCAAUAGCGUUGUGGGACUGCUGAUUGGUCAUACGCAGUUUUUUCUCGCUGGUUUAACCAAUUACCCGAAGUUUUUCUUCCAAUAUGUGUUCGCAGCCACAUCAGCAACGAUUGUAUCAGGAGCUGUAGCCGAACGCUGCGAAUUUGCCACUUACAUCACUUACUGUACUAUAAUCUCAACAUUCGUUUACCCUAUACUAACACACUGGGGAUGGCAUGAACAAGGAUGGAUGUACUUGGGAAUACAAACAACGAACAUUCAUACAACUUAUCAGGAUUUUGCUGGAGCUGGUGUUGUUCAUCUUUGUGGCGGAACUAUAUCCUUUGCUGCUGCUUACAUAAUGGGACCUCGAAUAGGCAGGUUUCCAGAAGAUGGAGAGGAGGAGUCUAUCGAAAUCAAAGGACACAGCGUUCCGUUUGCUGCUCUUGGCGGCUUUAUUCUCAUGUUCGGCUUCCUCGCCUUCAAUGGAGGAUCAAUGGCUGACAUUGUAAAGCCUGGUGAAGGAAACAUUGUGGCGUUAGCUAUGAUCAACACUAUUCUUUGUGGAGCUUUUGCCGCGCUCACCUUUCUUAUCAUUCACUUUCUCACAAAGGGAAAAUGGACUCUUCUGCUCACUAUCAAUGCUUGUCUGGCAGGUAUGGUCUCAGCUUGUGCGGGCUGCAAUCGAAUGGAGCCAUGGGCAUCAUCGUUUACGGGGAUAGGAGCCGGGCUUAUUUAUCUAGGUCUUAGCAGCUUCAUGAUAAGAAUCAAAGUAGACGACCCCUUGGACGCGUUUGCAGUUCAUGCCGGUGGCGGGUUCUGGGGAUUGCUUUCGACAUGCAUCAUAUCUCACGAUGGGAUUGUUUAUGCUAUUUCUAACGCUAUCGCUAACAAUCACGGAAAGCUCUCUUGCGAACAAGCCUUCGCUAUAGGAAAGCUCCGCGUUUCCGAAGAGGUUGAGAUUAAUGGAUUGGAUAUCUAUAAGCAUGGUGAAGCUGCUUAUCCUUUGCAUGCUUAUGGCCAUGGAUGGGACGAAUACGAACCUAUAAAGGAAAAGAAAACAGGCAAUAAGGAUCUUGGCGCACAUGCAGAAAUUUGUCUUUCUCGUAAGUACCCUUCUUUCACGAUGGCUAUGCUCGAUAUUGAAUCGAUAUCUGCCCAAAUGGAUAACAAUUUCAACGCAAAAAUAUUGAAUUAUAAGAUUGUGGAUGAUGGAAAGUUUGCGCUUUACACCAUUCAAAUAACAGUUGAUAGCUAUACUUGGACGGUAGAACGCCGUUAUAGCGAAUUUGAUGUGAUGGAUAUGCGUCGAUUUCCAGAUCGAAAAAAGUCAUUUCUUCCUCCUAAGCGAUUGAUACGUAAUCUAGAGCCCGAGUUUCUGGAAGAGCGACGUACAGAGCUAGAGAAGUACUGUCGUGCAUUAUUGGAGCUUGAAGUUUGGUAUCAAAAGCAAAAGAAAGUGAAUUCGCUUCCGCUCCUUACAGCAAAGUUCUUCGACUUCCAUCAAUACGAAAUCCAUUCCAUUGUCGAUGAUCUUUCUGUACGACUGGGAGGAGUUGGCGAAGAAUGGCUUACAAAUAGCGAAUCGUCUCCGAAAUACUUCGAAUUUACACCGAUUGAAAUGCAUGCCAUUACUGAGAGGCUUCGGCUUCCGGAACCGACAGCUCCAGAUCCUCGAAUGGUGGCCGAUCUCGGUAACACGAUUGAUUUUCUCCAUCGAGUGCGUGCUUUGAAAAUACGCGGAUCGAAAGGAUAUGUUGGGACCUCAAACAUCGUUUGGAAUUCACUAUCGUAUAGCCUUCAUUUCUGCAAGAACCUUUUGGCUUUAUGGAUUUCGGACUCGGACGUAUCCAGAGUGUGCGGCUUAGGAUCUGUGAGACAAACGUUGCGCCGGCUCGUCAUCCAUUAUUCUAUGAAUAAUCUCAAGGAUCUUCUUCUCGAUGAUGAUCCCUUAAUACCGAUUAUCGAAAUGGAACCUUGGGCAUGCCUUGAAGAAGCGGACUUUUCCUUCAACGAACUGAAAGAGAUAGACGAAAGCGUUCGACUUCUUGGAGAUGUUCAAAAAUUAAACUUCAGUCACAACAAUGUGACGGAUAUUGGACCUUAUCUUCAGCACCUAACGUGCCUUACAGAAUUGGAUUUAUCUUCUAAUGGGAUCACGUCCGUACAGCACUGGAACGAGAUGUUGGGUAAUUUGAAAAAGUUGAUCUUGGCAAAUAAUGCUAUUAGAGAUGUUUCCGGAUUGGCUCGACUGUACUCUUUGGAGUUUCUCGAUCUGCGACAUAAUGCUAUAGAAACAAUAGCUUCUGUGCAACCUCUGGGUGGUCUGCCAUGUUUGGAAGUUUUACAUCUUCGUGGAAACCCUGUCCGAAAAAUGGUCGAAUAUAGGACUAGAAUUUUGGAAGCUUUCGGUGAUAGAAGCUGGGAGGUAAAACUUGACGGGCGAGCACCAGAUGAUCGUGAGAAAGAUACCAUACGGCUGCGAUUAGCUUUACGUCGUGCAAAGGAGGAAAAAGAAGAAAAAGAGAGGAAGCGAAGGGAAAAAAUUGAGGAGAAAAUACGGUACAUAUCUGGUGAUGUUGGUGUAUUCUCAGACGAGGUGGAAUCUAGUUAACAAUCUCACGACAGAUUGGCUUUGAAACUGCACUGCAUAAUAACUUUUCAAAUACAAUGUGAUAUAUUUAUUGAGUGUUAAGAGUCUCGCUUAGACAUAUUGAUUCGCAAGAUUUCCCAAAUUCUUCGUUUUGAGUGCUUUUGUAGUGCAAAUUGUACAUACAUUGCAAUCUCCCUCAUGAUUUGUGAACCCUGAUUGGUGCACAUAUUUACAGUAAUUGUACUUCAUAUUGCCUUGGUGCUUUCGCAUUCCAAUCCAUUCUUACUGUGAUACUUGCAUCACUUCAAAGUAGGUUUUUAUUUUCAUAUUGCAAUUCCGG